AAUUUCAACACACCCCGUUACAACCAAUAUACGCGCUUCUACGCGCUCAGAUAAAACUAAAACAACUCCCCCAAUUCCCUCCUUUUUCCACGCCAUUUCACAUCCCCUCUCAAUCACUUCCCCAAAUCCCACCGUUAGCUCGUGCACCACACUCGCCGUUCACAUGCGAUGACCACUCUCCGUCACCGGGCCCGACUCCCCGGCUCCGCCAGGGACCAAGAGCCAGAAGAUGAGCCUUACAACAUAAUCCCCGUCCACAACCUCUUAGCUGACCACCCUUCUCUCCGCUAUCCAGAAGUGCGCGCCGCCGCCGCCGCUCUCCGCACUGUCGGAAACCUCCGAAAGCCACCGUACGCACAAUGGCACUCCUCUAUGGAUCUCCUAGACUGGUUAGCUUUAUUCUUCGGUUUCCAAAACGACAACGUAAAGAAUCAGAGAGAACAUCUCGUCCUUCACCUUGCAAACGCUCAGAUGCGGUUAACUCCGCCGCCGGAUAAUAUCGACACGCUGGACUCCGCCGUUCUCCGUCGAUUCCGGCGAAAAUUACUGAAAAACUACACGACCUGGUGUUCUUAUUUGAAUAAGAAGUCGAAUAUCUGGAUCUCCGACCGGUCCAACAGUGAUAACCGGCGUGAGUUGUUAUACGUGUCGCUUUAUUUGUUAAUUUGGGGAGAAUCGGCGAAUCUCCGGUUUAUGCCGGAGUGUAUUAGUUAUAUAUUUCAUAAUAUGGCUAUGGAAUUGAAUAAAAUAUUAGAAGAUUAUAUUGAUGAGAAUACAGGUCAGCCUGUGAUGCCUUCAAUUUCUGGCGAGAAUGCGUUUUUAAAUUUUGUUGUUAAGCCUAUUUAUAAAACGAUUCAAGCUGAGGUAGAGAGUAGUAAGAACGGGACUGCGCCGCAUAGUGCUUGGCGAAAUUAUGAUGAUUUGAACGAGUAUUUUUGGACUAAGAGAUGUUUUGAUAAACUCAAGUGGCCUAUUGAUGUUGGGAGUAACUUUUUCGUGAUUGCCACGAGGAAGAAGCAUGUCGGGAAGACGGGGUUUGUUGAGCAGAGGUCGUUUUGGAACUUGCUCAGGAGUUUUGAUAGGCUGUGGGUUAUGUUGAUAUUGUUUUUACAGGCUGCGAUUUUGGUUGCUUGGGAGCAGACAGAGUAUCCAUGGCAGGCAUUGGAGGAUAGGGGUGUUCAAGUUAGGGUUUUGACUGUGUUCUUUACUUGGAGUGGGUUGAGGUUUUUGCAGUCUUUGCUGGAUGCUGGGAUGCAGUAUAGUUUGGUUUCAAGGGAGACUAUGGGAUCCGGGGUUAGAAUGGUGUUGAAAAGUGUAGUUGCUGCUGCGUGGAUUAUUGUAUUUGGUGUUCUUUAUGGGAGGAUUUGGAGUCAAAAGAAUAGUGAUAGGGGUUGGUCCAGUGCAGCUAACAAGAGGGUAGUGAAUUUUCUUGAGGCUGGUUUUGUGUUUGUGUUGCCUGAGUUGUUGGCAGUGGCUCUCUUUAUAAUCCCAUGGAUUAGGAAUUUUCUUGAGAAUACAAAUUGGAGAAUCUUUUACUUGCUCUCGUGGUGGUUCCAGAGUAGGAGUUUUGUUGGUCGCGGAUUGAGGGAGGGGCUUUUUGAUAACAUCAGGUAUACUCUGUUUUGGAUUCUGGUUUUAGCUACCAAGUUUGCUUUCAGUUACUUUCUGCAGAUUAAACCCAUGAUUAAGCCAUCGAGGGAGCUGCUGGAUUUUAAGGAUGUGAGGUACGAAUGGCACGAGUUUUUCCAGAACAGCAACCGGUUUGCAGUAGGGUUGCUGUGGCUUCCUGUGGUGUUUAUUUACCUGAUGGACUUGCAGAUUUGGUAUGCCAUUUAUUCCUCGUUUGCAGGCGCGGCAGUGGGGCUAUUUGACCAUUUGGGUGAAAUUCGAAACAUCCAACAACUGAGAUUGAGAUUUCAGUUCUUUGCAAGUGCACUUCAGUUCAAUCUCAUGCCGGAAGAGCAGCUACUGAAUGCAAGGGGGACUUUCAAGAGCAAAUUUAAAGAUGCGAUUCAUCGGUUGAAGUUGAGGUACGGGCUUGGCCGGCCCUAUAAGAAGCUGGAGUCUAAUCAGAUCGAGGCAAACAAGUUUGCUUUGUUAUGGAAUGAAAUUGUAUCGACUUUUAGAGAAGAGGACAUUAUCUCUGAUUGCGAGUUUGAGUUGUUGGAACUGCCGCAAAAUUCCUGGAAUGUGACAGUUGUUCGCUGGCCAUGUUUUCUACUUUGCAAUGAACUGCUACUUGCUCUUAGCCAGGCCAAAGAGUUGGUGGAUGCUCCUGACAAGUGGCUCUGGUACAAGAUAUGUAAGAAUGAGUAUAGGCGCUGUGCUGUUAUAGAAGCUUAUGACAGCGUCAAGCACUUAUUGCUUGAGAUCAUCAAGGUAAACACUGAAGAACAUUCAAUUUUCACUGUCUUGUUUCAGGAAAUUGAUCACUCACUGCAGAUUGAGAAGUUCACCAAGACUUUUAACAUGAAUGCUCUGCCUAAUUUCCACACAAGAUUGAUAAAACUUGUCCAGUUGUUGAGUAAACCGAAGAAGGAUUUUAAUCAGGUGGUGAAUACCCUUCAGGCUCUUUAUGAAAUUGCUGUGAGGGAUUUUUUUAAAGAGAAGAGGGAUACAGAACAACUAAGGGAGGAUGGCUUGGCUCCUCGUGAUCCUGCUGCCAUGGCUGGACUGCUUUUCCAGAAUGCAGUUGAAUUGCCUGAUGCCAGUAAUGAAAUCUUCUAUCGUCAGGUACGGCGCUUGCAUACAAUUCUCACCUCUAGGGAUUCAAUGCUCAACAUCCCAAAGAAUCUUGAGGCCAGACGUAGAAUUGCCUUUUUUAGUAAUUCCCUGUUUAUGAACAUGCCCCAUGCUCCCCAAGUUGAGAAAAUGAUGGCUUUUAGUGUUUUGACCCCUUACUAUAAUGAAGAAGUCCUGUACAGCAGAGAACAGCUUCGAACAGAGAAUGAAGAUGGGAUUUCCAUAUUGUAUUAUCUGCAGACAAUUUAUGAUGAUGAGUGGACAAACUUUAUGGAAAGGAUGCGUAGGGAAGGAAUGGUGAAUGAUCAUGAGAUAUGGUCAGACAGGUUGAGAGAUCUGAGGCUUUGGGCAUCUUACAGAGGACAGACGUUAUCCCGUACGGUGAGAGGAAUGAUGUAUUAUUAUCGUGCACUUAAGAUGCUGGCUUUUCUUGAUUCUGCCUCAGAGAUGGACAUCAGGGAAGGUUCUCGGGAGCUUGGUUCAAUGAGGCGUGAUGAUCGUUUGAGUAGCUUUAAUUCCGAAAAAUCGCCUUCUUCCAAGAGUUUAAGCAGAAAUGGCAGUUCAGUGAGUAUGUUGUUCAAAGGUCAUGAGUAUGGUACGGCUUUGAUGAAAUACACUUAUGUGGUCGCCUGUCAAAUAUACGGGACUCAAAAGGCAAAGAAGGAUCCCCGUGCUGAGGAGAUAUUAUAUUUGAUGAAAAACAAUGAGGCCCUUCGAGUUGCCUAUGUUGAUGAGGUGAACACAGGAAGAGAUGAGACAGAAUAUUACUCCGUGCUUGUGAAGUAUGAUCAACAGUUAGAGAAGGAAGUGGAGAUUUACAGGGUCAAGUUACCAGGUCCUUUGAAACUUGGAGAGGGUAAACCAGAAAAUCAAAAUCAUGCUCUUAUAUUUACCCGCGGUGAUGCAGUGCAGACGAUUGAUAUGAACCAAGACAAUUACUUUGAAGAGGCGCUCAAAAUGAGAAAUCUGUUGGAAGAAUACAGUCGCUAUUAUGGUAUUCGAAAACCCACUAUUUUGGGAGUAAGAGAGCAUAUCUUUACCGGUUCUGUGUCGUCAUUGGCGUGGUUUAUGUCGGCUCAGGAAACAAGCUUCGUCACCUUAGGCCAGCGUGUUUUGGCAAACCCUCUGAAAGUUAGGAUGCAUUAUGGCCAUCCGGAUGUUUUUGACCGGUUUUGGUUCUUGACUCGUGGUGGCAUCAGUAAAGCUUCAAGGGUGAUUAACAUUAGUGAAGACAUUUUUGCUGGUUUUAACUGCACUUUACGAGGAGGCAAUGUCACUCACCAUGAAUACAUUCAAGUUGGCAAGGGAAGGGAUGUUGGGUUUAAUCAAGUUUCCAUGUUUGAAGCAAAGGUUGCUAGUGGAAAUGGAGAGCAAAUUCUUAGCAGAGAUGUUUAUAGGUUGGGACAUAGGCUGGACUUCUUCCGGAUGCUAUCGUUCUUUUAUACCACUGUGGGAUUCUAUUUUAACACUAUGAUGGUUGUCAUGACAGUGUAUGCCUUUUUAUGGGGUCGGCUUUAUUUUGCUCUCAGUGGAGUUGAGGCUUCCGCUAUGGCUAAUGACAGCAGUAAUAACAAAGCCCUUGGUGCUAUUUUGAAUCAGCAGUUUAUAAUUCAACUUGGUCUUUUCACUGCUCUGCCGAUGAUUGUAGAGAAUUCUCUUGAGCAUGGGUUCCUCCAAGCUAUUUGGGAUUUCUUGACGAUGCAGCUUCAGCUCUCAUCUGUCUUCUAUACGUUUUCCAUGGGUACGAAAACUCACUUUUUUGGUCGAACUAUCCUUCAUGGUGGUGCAAAAUAUAGGGCAACUGGGCGUGGUUUUGUUGUGGAGCACAAGAGUUUUGCGGAGAAUUAUAGGCUUUAUGCCCGCAGCCAUUUCGUGAAGGCAAUCGAGCUUGGGCUGAUACUUACAGUUUAUGCUACACACAGCGCUCUUGCUAAGUCUACAUUUGUUUACAUAGCCUUGACCUUCACUAGUUGGUUCCUGGUUAUGUCGUGGAUAAUGGCUCCAUUUGUUUUCAAUCCAUCUGGUUUUGACUGGUUGAAAACAGUUUAUGACUUUGAUGAUUUUAUGAACUGGAUCUGGUAUCAAGGUGGGGUGUAUGCAAAAGCUGAGCAAAGCUGGGAAAGAUGGUGGCUUGAGGAGCAGGAUCAUUUGAGGACAACUGGGCUUUGGGGAAAGUUAUUGGAGAUAGUUUUGGACCUACGGUUCUUCUUUUUCCAAUUUGGGAUUGUCUACCAGUUAGGCAUUGCUGAUGGGAAUACUAGCAUAGCUGUUUACUUGCUGUCUUGGAUUUAUGUUGUUGUCGCUCUUGGCGUAUAUUGGGUGAUAGCAUAUGCUCGGGAAAAAUAUUCGGCCAAAGAACACGUUUAUUAUCGCUUAGUCCAGUUUCUCGUUAUUGUUCUUGCAAUAAUUGUGAUAGUAGCCUUGCUUGAGUUCACACCUUUCAAAUUUGUAGAUAUUUUUACCAGUUUGUUGGCUUUUGUCCCCACUGGAUGGGGCUUGUUGUUGAUUGCCCAAGUACUCCGUCCCUUUCUGCAGUCCACUUCACUUUGGGGUGCUGUGGUUGCGGUGGCUCGUCUCUACGAUAUAAUGUUGGGAGUGAUAGUGAUGGUGCCUGUGGCACUUCUAUCAUGGUUGCCGGGCUUCCAAUCAAUGCAGACAAGGAUCCUAUUCAACGAAGCAUUCAGUAGGGGCCUUAGGAUCUUCCAGAUUGUUACAGGGAAAAAAUCCAAGGUUGAUGUGUGAGUAGAGGACCAAGUUAUGCAAUGCAGUUUGGAGGUGAGGAAUGAUGGCGACUAAUGGAUCAGCUAGAUCUUUGUAGAUGUCUCGUGGGCGAGUCUCUGACGUGGAUUGCGAGUAAUGCUGGUAAAGAAAUUUCAGUCAUUGUGUUGGAGGAAAAUUCUAUUUUAUUGUUCGAUUUGAGAUUCAUCUUUUACAGCGAUGUAAUUAAUGAGAUAUAUCAUGCUCCUAUUGAUGUUCAUUUCUGAAAGUUUAGCUUUUUCACAUAGUGUUCAUAGUAAGAGAAUAGUGUGAUAGUCUGAGGUUGAUAGAGUAUUAGUUAUUCUUUUUGCUAGAUGUGUAACUAAUUUGUUUCUGAGUUUUGACCAUAGUUUGUCUUCUCAUUUUUCAUGUAUUGGCCACUCUGGCUGGUUUAGAACACUGAUUAUGCUUCAGCUCAUAGAUGCAAAGAUGGUGAUUUUAUAUGGCUCCUA